AUGAGGCGUCAACCAAACCAAAGAAGCUAUGGGAAACUAAGGAAUCCUGAGAGUGGGAACAUCCUGUGGAUUCAGAAAACAGCCAUGAACACCACAGAAGUGAGUGAAUUCAUCCUCCUGGGACUAACCAAAGCACCAGGGCUUCAUGUUUUUCUCUUUAUGAUGUUCACAUUUAUCUAUGUCUUCACUUUGGUUGGGAAUCUUGCAAUGAUCCUUCUGAUUUUGCUAGAUGCUCAUCUCCACACCCCCAUGUACUUCUUCCUCAGUAAUCUUUCCUUGGUAGACUUUGGUUCUUCCUCAACAGUCACUCCAAAGGUCAUGACUGCACUCCUUACAGGAAACAAUGUAAUUUCCUACGAUGCCUGUGCUGUUCAGAUGUUCUUCUUUGUGUUCUUUGCCACAGUGGAUAGCUACCUGUUGGCCUCAAUGGCGUAUGAUCGAUAUGCAGCAGUGUGUAAACCCUUACAUUAUACUACCACCAUGACAAAAGGUGUGUGUGCUUAUCUGGCCAUUGGCUCCUAUGCUUUUGGCAUUUUGAAUGCUUCUAUACAAACAGUGGACACCUUCAGCCUCCAUUUUUGUGUAUUCAAUGUGAUUAAUCACUUCUUCUGUGAUAUUCCAGCAGUGAGGAUUCUGGCUUGCUCUGAUAAGCACAUGAAUGAAAUGAUUCUUAUUCUUAUGUCUAGUUUUCACAUUAUGUUUGCUUUUCUUGUUAUCUUGAUUUCCUACCUACUCAUAUUUAUGAACAUUUUGAAGAUGCAUACAAAUGAGGGAUACCAGAAGGCUUUCUCCACAUGUGCUUCUCACCUCACUGCAGUUUUCACAUUUUAUGGGACUGUCACCAUAAUGUAUUUAAAGCCAAGUUCCAGUCAUUCCAUGGACACAGAUAAAUUUGUCUCUGUGUUCUACACCAUGGUCAUCCCCAUGCUGAAUCCUGUGGUCUACAGCAUGAGGAACAAAGAAGUUAAAAAUGCAGUUAAGAGGGUUGUUCAAAGGCUACUUUCUACUUUCUCCUCUAUCUGGUUCAGUGGAGCUGGAUUUUGUUGA